AUGGCGGAUUCGCAGAAGCUCGAGGACGAGGCGAUGACUCAGGACCUCAAUUCGCAGACGGAGUACGAGGACUUCAUGAAGUCCUCCAACAGGGGGCUCGCGCAGGACCUGAAAACCAAGGCGGGCAUGGAGGAGGCCCUUGCAAUGGCGAAGAUGGAUUUGGUGUCGACGAAGGCGGACAUCAUGUCCACCCUGAAGAUCCUCGAGGGGCUGCACGCGUACAAGGGGGACCUGCACAAGAGCUGCGACUUCAUCUCGAACAACUUCGAGGCGAGGCAGUCCGCACGGCAAGCGGAGAUGGAGGCUCUCGCGGAGGCCAAGGCCAUCCUUUCCGGCAUGAAGUCCUGA